AUGAAAUUUAUUUCAUUAAUAUUUAAUAUAAAUGCUUGGUUAUUUGACUCAGAGGUUUCACUAUUCAAGGCAAUUACAAGAAUAAUAUUUUGUGAAAUUUGGCGCAUUUUAGAAGAGCCCCUGCUGCUUUGCAAAAUAACAACCAGAAUGCUUCUGAGGGUUUCUAAGAGAGAUUUUAGAAGACUCUCGGUAACCUCUCAAGUGGUGUCUUGAGUGGUGCAAUAUUUGAGGUUAUCAGUUGUAAGAUAAGAUAAUUUUUUAUAUUGGAUGUAUAAAAGGCUAAUGGUUGUAUUUUGGCAGCACUAAUAGAGCAGAUACAACACUAGUGCUGCGGAUUAAUACAGAUUCGAUUCAAAAGUAACAAUACACCAUAAUCAAGAAGUAUGGCUCUUGUUCUUCUUGUCAGCCUCAUCUUAUUAGCCUAGUAGAAAACAAAAUCAAAGCCUUUUUCUAAAAUCCUGGAGAAGUAAUUAAUUUGCCCAAUAUUGCCCUCUCCAAAAGACAAGUUGGACUCCAUAGUUACUAUUUAUGAAUAGUUAGCUUAUAGUGUGAAAUAAAAUCACUUGUUCUAACUUUUGAGAUUUUAACUAUUUA